AUGUCUGCAGCAUCUUCACGACAACUUGCCCAGAAACUAGGCGCAAUUGCGCAGACCUGGACGAAGGACCCUUUCAGGCCAAAUGUCCAGUUACAGACCUUCCUGAAAUCUCUCGCAGGGUACUCCAGACUUACACCCGAGACUGUGGAGGCGACGCGUGCGCUAAGAGACAACGAUAUGAUGAAGAAAUACCCCCUUCCUGAAAAACUGCGACACCCGGUAUCUUCCCCGCAGUACUACGACCGUCUACUAGAGGGGUACGAGAAGAGUUCACAAGGGAUCAGCAGACCGUUGUGGAAGGUGUUUUUCGGAAUCUGGUGA